AUGGCCGCAUCUGCACCUGCCUCGGGCGUCUCGCGCCACAUCACCGUCUACAUCAAGCCCGAGCACGCCAGCACGUUUCUCGGAGCAUUCAAGACCCUCUUCGACCAAGUAGUCACCAAUCCCGAAUGCAAGUUAUUCGAGGUCUACCGAGAUUCCAAGGAGCCCGGUGUCUUUCACUGGGUCGAAGACUGGGAUGGAACUGCCGAGUGGCUGGCCGCUGCACAGGAGGGCAGUGAGGAUUACAAGAAAUGGCUGGCGUUUGAGGAGACGCUGUAUGCGAAGCCGAGAGAGGAGCGCAUUGUGGAGAGGAUGGCAGGUGAUUUCUUUCACGUGAACAAGGCAUGA